GUCGCUCAAACGUGACUCCCACGCCCAGCCAGCGACUCUUAUAAAACAUAACAUAUAUAAAAGCGCGUGUGUUUCUGUGUAGCGUGUGUAUUCAGUGUACAGUAGUGAUCAGUAUUGUACAGUAGUGAUCAAACCGUUCUGCUCUGCUCUGAUUAAACAGACUGAAGCGCUGAAAUGUCUCUGUACAGAAACGCGGUCUGGUUUCUGAAAGGUCUUCAGGAAUACACCAAGAGCGGUUAUGAAGCAGCAGCGAAACACUUUACAGCGACUGAUCUGGAGGUGGACCUGAGCGGCAGGUCCUUCAUCAUCACAGGAGCGAACAGCGGGAUCGGGAAAACCACCGCAAACGAAAUAGCCAAAAGAGGUGGAACGGUGCACCUGGUGUGUCGAAAUAAAAGCAGAGCGGAGGAAGCCAAAAAAGAAAUUGUGGAGCAGAGCAAAAAUGAGAAAAUACACGUACACAUUGUGGAUAUGUCCAGCCCCAGGCAGGUGUGGGAGUUUGCCAGUGGGUUCAGUCAGAACCACAGUGUGAAUGUUCUGAUUAACAACGCGGGCUGUAUGGUGAAUCAGAGGGAGCUGACUGAGGACGGCUUAGAGAAGAACUUUUCCACCAACACACUUGGAACCUUCAUCCUCACCACAGCGCUCGUCCCUGCUCUGAAGAAGUCUCAGGACCCGAGAGUGAUCACCGUGUCGUCUGGAGGGAUGCUGGUUCAGAAGCUGAACGUGGAGGAUCUGCAGUUUGAGAAAGGCACUUUUGAUGGCACCAUGGCUUACGCUCAGAACAAGAGGCAGCAGGUCGUCAUGACCGAGCGCUGGGCGGCUCAACACAAAGAGAUCCAUUUCUCAUCCAUGCAUCCGGGCUGGGCAGACACACCAGCGGUUCAGACGUCGAUGCCGGAUUUUCACGCUAAGAUGAAGAAUAAGCUGCGCUCUGAGGAGCAGGGAGCCGAUACGGUGGUGUGGUUGGCUGUAUCUGACGCGGCUCUCAGGCAACCCAGCGGACUCUUCUUUCAGGACAGAAAGGCGGUACCGACUCACCUGCCGCUGGCUUUAUCCAAAUCCUCUCCUGCUGAGGAGGAGAAGCUGAUGAACACACUGGAGCAGCUCGCUGAGAAAUUUAAACCAUGAACUGUGACCUCUGACCUCGAAGGAAACCAGGACUUUUUAAUACGAGUCUGAAGCAACAGCAGCCACUCACAAACAGACGCUGAUUCAACAGAACUCACCAUCGGACAUUUAACUCCUUAUAAUUUACUAAAUUUAUACAAAAUACGUCCAAAUGUUUCCAUAAUCCUUCCAUUGGGUGGAUCCUUCACCAGCCGACAAAUCAUCGGUAAAUGACAGGAGUAUAAUUCCAGUGUUGAUGCGACAAAAACAGGAAAUCUACUCAUCUUUUACGUCGCAUCCUUCAUAGGAUGGAGCUUCUGGUUCAGGACGGAGCAGCACCAUGUAAACUCCCCCACAUCCCUGUUUACGUGACUUAAACUUAAAAAAUAUGAAUUCAUACACAUUUUAAAUCAGUACUUGUUUUAAUUCAGUGUGAAACUGGAGAUCCAUAAUCAGCAGAUAUGAAGUCUUACAUUAAUUUUAAAUUAAACACACACACGAAGAAACGCACCUCAGUGUGAGCGCAUGCCUCGAAACAUCACAGCCAGUCUGGAUAAAGUUCACAGAUGAUUAAAGACGAACACUAGUUUUACUACAGAAGAAACACAUUUCAGGGUUUUUUCACAGGAUCUGAAGAAGCAGGACAUGACUGGCCUCUUUAAAAACACAGGCUGUGAGUGAAAUGGAUCCGCUAGGUUUUAGGGCACUAUUGAGCCUAUGGACCAUUUUUUAUCAUAAAGAAGAAUUGAACUUCCACAAAACACCAAUUAAUAGUAAACAUGCUAAAUAUGCACUUAGUGUCAAAAAUGCGCUUUCAGUCUCGUUAUUAAGCUUCAGAGGGUGAUAACUGUGAGCUACUGGCUGCCGUGAAUUUCGUUUAUCUUCCUAUGUAGUUCGUUAUCAGAAGAUUAAACAUUACUCUGUGAUCAGCACAGUGCUAAUACUAACUAAAAUUUAGAAUUCAGUUUUUUUGUGAACAGAUUUUAAACACGGCUCAGCCGAAUGUUAAUGCGAUCGGCGCUGAAGUAUGUAGAUGAUGAAAUAUUUUAUAAGAAGUUUAAUAAUAAUGAGGGAAUUCAUUUUACUCACAGCCAGAGUUCAGUCUGGAAAAGAUAAUGCUGUUUACAAUAAAUUAAAAAUCUCCAUUUAAUGUUA